UUGCAUAAACCAACCAAUCGCAUUGAUUCCUACUACGGCCUUGCCUUACAGCUACGGACGGCGGUGAAAAAGACCAAAAAUUUCCCGUCUCGCACGCCGCCGCUCAUCCAGCACAGGGCAUCCCAACCCAAUCCGCUCGCUCAACCCGCACUAUCGCUGGUCUUCGUCGCUCCUCCCGCACACCAACGCCGGAGCGCUUCCCGUCCGCCGCCCUUCCUCCUCUCCUCCUCCUCCGGUUGCGCCCUGCGCCCGCGGCGACCAUGCCUCCACCGUGCCUGCCAUGUGCGCCGCCGCCCGGCCGAAUCCCGCCGCCACCUCAAGGCCAGCGCGGCUGCUAAACGCGCCAUGGCCGCGACUUGGCCCGUGCGUCGCCCCGCCUCACAGCACAUCAUCAUCCUGCACAGCCACCGGUCUUCGACGCUGCCGGUACAGUGUCUUCGUGGGCGCUGGCAUGCGGGCCGGGCACGGUUCCAUUGCUUCCCACACCAGGUCAUUGAGGAGCAAGCCGGCUUGGGCUGGGGGCACCCCGUUCCUCUGCUCUGUGCCUAUAGGCGCGAUUGGGACGCGGGUCGUCCCCCAUUCAGUCACCGCACCUGCCGCCUAGAAUGUCAGGUUGUCGAGCCUCUGUCCGCCGUUGCUCUCCUCUGCUGCCGUCAUCGGUGGCGAGGAGCCCGGUCCCAUUAGUACCAACGUCUUCCCUGUACUCAGACAUUCCGGUUUGGCACAUAUCUUAUCAGGUGAGCACCGCCGCAUUUACUUCACUGCUAAUGACUAAGCGUCUGAAGUUGGAGGUCAUGUAAUCCUGUUGUUCUUCGCUAACGUUUCUUUUGGUGACGCUAACCACGCAGCCCAAUCCUGAACGCCUGUGCAGCACAAUGCUCCAAAUGGCCACACUUUUGUCUUCUCCGUUGCCAAUACGACCAAUGAAUAAACGCUUCUCCUAAAAAGCAAAGCCAAUAAACCCUUCGGCUGCAGGUCAUUGAUGAUUCACACUUCACUUCCUCUCCCCAUGACCUCCACAAGAAACUGAUGGAUUCCCAUUUAAAUUGGGUGCUCCACCUUAUCUCAUUUUAUUCCCAUCGUCCUUCAUACAGGUGGCCGCCUGCCAUCCCAACUCCCUCCCCUGUCCUCCUCGACAUUCCCUAUGACACAUGGCCGAUUGAAUCAUAUUUGGGAUUCCUCGGGUACUGUGGGAAUUGGACGCUCAGACCCCAUCUUGAAUGGAGGUGGAAGAAGAAGAACAGUGGACACAAGGUUUUCCGGCCGGCGCACGAACGCCGGCAUGGGCGCACGAACGUCCCAAUCCUUUUCUUCUUUACGGUGGCUACAUGGCUACACUCGGCUCCGCUCGAUCAAUACAUCAGGGGGCCUUUUAUACCCGGCUGCACACACACCAGCACACGCACCGUCCGUCACACGCGGCCACUAACAGCACUAACUAAUUAGCUCACGCAUGCACCAACUGCACGCUCACCGCACCAGCCACUACCUACAUGCACGCCUAGAUCCAUCCUCUUCCAACGGCCACAUGACCCGCCAUGCAUGUAGCUAGCCAGCCACGGCUGCGCCACUCAACGCGGCCAGUCCAACUGAUCCCUACAGCCGCUACUACACACACGACUAAACACAGAGCUACGGCCGCGCGCACGACGCAUGCAGUGGCAUGGCUUAUUUCUAACAAUCUUGGUUUCAUUCCCAUCUCCCAUUUCUCAGUUAAUCAAGCCUUUUGCUGUUCAUAGUAGUACAGUUGCAGAUCAUCUCCUCACGGAGUGACGGUGAGGGUGGAUAUGGCUUAUUGUUCUUCUUUCCAGUAACUUUGCAGGUAUAUACUGAAUUCGGCAGAAUUCUCAGUAUCCAAGCCAUGUAAUCACAUCGCCAUGUUGAUAGCUCAGGGUCACGCUGUUCGACGGGUUUGUGACGUCUACAUGGACCACGCCACCGAUCAUGACCACAUAAUCUAAUCCCUCGACCAACUGCAGUUACUGCUACUGAGAAGUGAGAACCGCCGCAGGUAUAUAUGCAACUCAAGAGAGAUUUGUUAGGUUCAUGAAGCAACCUAAAAUCUUCAGUUCUGCGGUAUGAUAUAUUCAAUUUCUCGACAACUCAUUUGAUUAUCAUGUUCUUGGUACCAACCAAACAACAUCCUCUCAAUGCUAAUGUUCACUAACUCAACUGCCAAACGAAGAAUCCUCAUCCAAAUUGAACCUUUAUCCGUAUCCGUCAGUUUUUUAUCCCCUUCUUGGUUCCUUGCAGGUUGAGGUACUAUUUUGAAACAAAUGGCAUUUAAAGAUCCAUCUUUAAGGAGCAAUCUUUGAACCCUUAAAUCUCAGGAGGUACUCAACAUUCUGGAAGACAUUUUACUACCAUUCAUUUUUACUACUAUUUUCUUAGUUACAUGUAUAAAACUGAGUAAAUAGCUAAUUGGGGUUUGAACGAAGAAUCAUAUUUUAUUUCAUAUAUUUUUUCAUGUUACUUUGUUCUACUUAUUAUGCCUUAUGCUGCUGAUAGUCACUAUUUCUUUGUCGCAUGCCUGAACUUAUUAAACACGCAUAGUCUCUGUUUCUUUGUCACAAUCAUGGCCACACAUGUGUGCUCUUUAGAAAAUUUCUACUGCAUUCUAACUUCACUUUAGGUAAACUUAUCUGUACAAAUUUCUGCACCAAUGUUUUGGUAUUGUAAUAUUAAUCUUGUCUUUUGUACGACAAUAAACUACGUCGAUUCUACCCUCUAAUAUCAUUUAUUUUGCGAUAGAUCACUAUGAUUUAUUUCUAUACCAAGGGCUACUAUACUGAAUGAUUUAGUUCCUGAUGUUAAUCCUUUUUAUAUGGCCUUUUGACUAUUUCAGAAGCAAUCGGUGCCAGAACUAUUCCAACUUUUGGGCCAUAUUGCUAUCUUCACUCACAUUCCACGUUGUGUUUUCUAACAUCUUAUAUUAGCAAAUGUAAUUAUCAUUUUUAAAUCAUCAUGGCGGUGUGUUCAUGACCUGUUAAUGGUGAUGUAGGUCAUAGCGUCGGGUAUGCUCAAAAUUGCUUUCUUUCCAAUAAAUAAUUAAGGCACUACAUUGCAGUUCAUGAUUGCUAACACCAUUGUUAAUGCUACAACGUUCCACAAUACAUUAUAUAUGUAUACCACAAAUGACCACAUUUGAUUCCAUGUAUGUGAAAUCCAUCAUAUAAUUGAUUCGAGUUGUUAUCAUCUUUGUGAUGUGGAUGUUGCUUGGAAAAAUUACAACAAAGUCCCGCGGCAACAUAUAUAAUGUAAGACGUUUUUUGACACUAUACUAGAGUUAAAAAACGUCUUACAUUAUGGGACCGAGGGAGUAGUUUUUUUCAUAAUGUCACUCCCUCCCUGAGGCAAAUUGUACUGAACUUAUGUUUUUUCCAUGGCCUUUUUGCUGUUCUGAAUCUUCUGUUGUUGAAUCUGAAUCUUAGUAGGAGUAACAUUAUUUUCCUGCCGUCAUUUUCAGUAUUUUAUUUGCAUCUAUCGUUUCAAUGUCCUUUUCUCAUCUUUUUCUAGGAUAUUUUCUUUGUUUUCUUUCAGAAAAGUUAUGUUUACAUAAAAAAUAAAAUCAACGGUUUUUUGAUUCCUUUGUUCACAAACCAUGGAAGGUAACAUGGAGUGGCUGCUUACAUGGGGUAUGGCCGUAUGGAAGGUAACAUGGAGUAUUGUUCACAAACCAUACUUCGAAUCUUCGAUGGUUUCAGUGUGUUUGUUUUCUGUUGCUGCAUUUUACUGCUUCGGCUACCCAGCUCAAAACAGAGAACUAGUAUGGGUAGGGGUGCAACACGGUGCCCGAUCCGCCCCGCCCCGCCCAAUAUUCAAACUUGGAGAAUCUAGUUCUAGUUAAGUUGCAGUGGGUUAGUUUAAUUUGUACUGGACUAUGCGGGACGCCGCGCUGUGGGGAGGGGGUGGUCGUGGUGUUGGAAGUUUAAUUUCCAGGGAAACCCGGCUCGUUAGCAUAGCGGUGGUGCGGGACAAAUCCGGGGUUGAGCGGGCUAGCAAAAGAAAAUUCGAUUGAGGCCACCAAAAUAAUCAGUCGAAGUUUUUCUUUUGCAAACUGGACACAAAACAAAGUUGCACACGCGUCAUUGAAGUAUUGGUCCAAAACUUUGACUGAGAAUUUAUACAUAUUUUUGGGAUUUCUACAUAUGAAAAAAAAAUUCAAAAAAGAAAAACCUGUGGCCGGCAGCAUGACAGAGACGAGGAGUAGCCAUGACAUAGCAGAUGAGACACGAGGAUCAAACUGGUGGCUGAGGAAUCCAGAAUGGUUGAGAGGUUGGGAGCGGGAGUGUCAAGAAGUAACGGUGAUGAAGACAGUACACUAAGGUCCUGUUCGGAGACCCGCCACUCCACCACUCCGCUCCCGGAGUUGGAGUCAAAAGGCACGGAGCUGGGAAAGAGAUGCUCCAGCUCCUCGUAUUUUUAGGAGUUGGAGUGACUCCAAACAGGGCCUAAGCAUCGUGUUUAUAUAUAGAAAGUGAAGGGCUUGCUUGAGUAUCUAAGCUAAUUUAGAUCUUUCCUGUUUUGUGCAACGUCCAAAACGUGGGGUCGUGCUUAAAUUUCUCACCUUUACGCGCAAACAUUAGAAGGGGAAAAUGCCGGGUUUAGAGGACUGCAAGGCAGACAUUCUUCUUCCUCCUUUCUCUCUCCUCUCUUCCCCACGUAGAGAGAGAGGGAAAGAGAGGAAGGCCGCCCCCUCUUUCCUACCAAGAACCACAUUUCGCCCUCCAAUCUUCGCUGCAGAUUCUAGCACACCUUUUGAUCGGUUUUUCUCCAGUCUCAGUUUGGGCAAUUUGGAGCUUCCUGGGCAAGUUUCCGCGCUGGUAUCCGUCUCGAAUCUACCCCUGGAAAAAAAAUCUAAACAUUCUUGUGCCAAUCUGAAAAGUUCUUGAAAUAAAUUACUUGAGUUUUGAAAGAAAUUUUGGAUGUGGAUAAUUAUGCGCAACAAGUAUGCUUACAUUUCUACUACAAAAAGAAACCUUGACUCUUGAUUGUGAAUUAUAUUUGUGCAACCUUUUGCAAGAUAAAAUGCUUAUUUUUUGUUUCACUAUAACAUUUAGAAUUUUUGUGCUGACAUUUCCAUCUUUUCUAUGUAAAAAUCAGAUAUUUGUCUUCCUUCUGAAACAAAGGUUGCAUCUUUCUUGCAUUGGCACUCCCAAUCCUGCAUCUUUCAACAAGUUGUGUCAUUUGGGUGCCUUGGUGUUGCCGAGACGUACUGUAGGUUUUCUCAAGCUAAAUGUUGCAUAUGAAUUUUGAUGAACAUUGAUCACCAAUGGCUGUGAAAACUGGUGUGAGGUCUCAAGACUUCUCGCAGCGGUUCUGGUACACCUUGUCUCGUGCGAUCUGUGAGCUCUGCGUGAUCAUAUUGCUCCAUGUGGCUGCUACAACGUCAUAUGUGGCCACAAGGUUGGCACACAUCAGCAGGCUAAGGGCGCCAUGCACCAUGUGCUCAAGACUGGACCAAGCCCUCCAUGGAAAGGCAUGGUUCUCCGCUGAUUUGGUGUGUGCUGCCCAUAGGUCCGAGAUAUCAUCUUUGGCAUACUGCAAGAGUCACAACAAUCUUGCACAUUCAGCUGAUCUCUGCAAGAGAUGCCAUGCUGCAUGCACCCUGGCAGGCUUUGUCGAUGAGGUUAAUUCUCGGUCUGGAUCGAGGUCUAGACAGUUAUGUUCUUGUUGUUUGGAGCCAUUCAAGAAGGCGUGCAUCGCACAUAAGCUUUAUGAAACUGCAGAUGUUAAGGGCCCCUCACAUAAUGUGCAUGGUUUGGACGAAAUCAAGCAGAGGAGCCAAGUUGUUGUGAUAGAAAAAAUCAAUCCUGCCAUGCCACCCAAGUUUGUACCUGAACAGGUCUCUACAGAUCAUUCAAAAGUUAAAGUGGGUAUUGAGGAAGUCAGGGAGUUAGAUGCUUCACCAGGCACAUAUGAACAAUCUACAAAGGAUAAUGGUGCUUCUUCAAAUGCUGGUUUGGCAGCAAAGCCUGCACCCAAUGCGUCUUCCCUGCCUUCGCGCAUUUUCGUCGAUCGCAACAACAGUAUUAAGAACACUUUCGUUGGUAGGGUCAAUCUGCCAUCUCCUCGCCCAUCAGAGAUAAUCUCUGCCCGGGAUAACAAUUCUACUACUCAACAAGAAGUGAAGGCACUCCUUACUCAGAUGUCCUCUGUAAGGGGCCUUGACUAUUCUUGGACUGAAGGAGUAAGUAGUACUGAUACCAUGAUUCAGAAUGAUGAAAGCAAUGGUACCAGCAGGAGGCCAUACCUCGAGAGAAAUUACUCUGUGUUGGAAUCAUCGGAUGCAAACCUUGGUAUUUGUGAAGCUGAAGGAGAGAUCUCACUGGAGAGUUUGAAGCGGCAGAUUGAGAUUAACAAGAAGUCAAUGCUUGUCCUUUACAAGGAGCUUGAGGAAGAAAGGAGCGCUUCGGCGAUUGCAGCUAGCCAAGCCAUGGCCAUGAUCAACAGAUUGCAUGAGGAAAAGGCUGCAAUGCAGAUGGAAGCACUACAAUAUCUUAGGAUGAUGGAAGAGCAGGCUGACCAUGACCAUGAAGCGAUACAGAAUCUACACGACUUGCUUACAGAGAGGGAGAAAGCAUUACUUGACAUGGAUGCCGAACUAGAUAGUUGUCGGAGGCUACUCCAGCAUGACCAGUUUAAUGGGGGGAAUUUUGAUGAUACAGUGGACAAUACACCCGGAUAUGACAAGAAUGUGUCAUUUGAUGUCUUGAAUGCAUCGGAUUUCAUGACGAGCACCAUGUCAGGUUUCGAAGAAGAAAAGGCAUACAUUUUGGAAUCACUGGGCAGAUUGGAGGAAAAGCUUCGCAUUUCUACAUACAAGCUUGCUUCUGAUGAUGCCAAAAACAUUCAAGAGACAUUGCUUGGAGAUCAUAUAGGGGAUGAAUCAACUUCUUUUCAGCAAUCAAUUGAGCAGAAGGACAAGGAUGAGUGUUCAUGUUCUCCUUUCGACAACGAAAAAAUAAGUGGCCUAAACAAUCUUCAGGAUGAAAUUUCACUCUUGGAUACACGAUUGAGGGCCCUUGAAGAUGAUCAUGAGUUUCUCAAGCGGGUACUCAGUUCCCUCAAAGGCGAUGGGCUUCAGUGUGUACGAGACAUAAUGAGCCAUUUACAUGAGUUGCGAAGAGUUGCAGCUCAAUGAAGAGAACAUGUUUUGUCUUGAUGCCUCUCGUGUGGAGAUUUACAGCCUGACAACGACAAUGCUUCCAGUUAGUCCCCGAUGUGGCGUUGAUUAUAAAUUGCAGUGCUGGGAACAUCCAAGCUUGUGUAAGAUCAUCCGUUAUUCUAUGAUUCUAAUCUGGCUAACUCUGGAAGGGAGCGCCCACUGACCAAACAUAUCCAUCUCUUGUUUUUACCUCGUUGCUAUUCUUUUUGUUGCCACUACAGCAAAUCACUGAUAUAGAAAAGAGAAAGAAAAACAUCUCUUGUAUUUUGAUCAUCUGAUGGGUGCUCAAAUUAGGAGCAAGCUUGUAAGUGUACAUGUGAUGAAAUGCUUGGGGUUCUUGCCAAAAAAUAUAUUUUAACUAGCAACAUGAUAUUGAUGUUGAUGCCAAA